CUGUCGCAGGAAAAGCAUGCGCAAAAUGUCUGCGCAGUGAUAUCAAAUGUGUUUGUUGGCUGCUGGUCAGUCUAUAUACUGCGUUACCUAGAUAUUUGAAAACGAGUGUGCGGCACUUUUUGUCGGAAAAGCAUUAUAUAACAUUCGUGACCAUGAGUAGAUGGAAAAACAACAAUCAUUACGAUCCAAAGGUUGCAGGGUUGUAUGAUCUCGGAGACACCCUCGGACGCGGCCAUUUUGCAGUCGUGAAGCUGGCAAAGCAUGUAUUUACCGGUGAACAAGUUGCUGUCAAAGUGAUCGACAAAACGAAAUUGGAUGACGUCUCUAGAGCGCAUCUGUUCCAGGAAGUACGAUGCAUGAAACUAGUGCAACAUCCCAACGUAGUCCGGCUAUACGAGGUGAUCGACACCCAAACUAAGCUGUACCUCAUCCUCGAAUAUGGGGAGGGUGGCGAUAUGUAUGACUACAUCAUGAAACAUGAAAGAGGAGUGGAUGAACAAGCUGCUAGAAAGUAUUUCCGACAAAUCGUGCACGCAAUUGCGUAUUGUCAUAAGCUUCAUGUCGUCCACCGGGACUUGAAGCCCGAAAACGUUGUCUUCUUCGAGAAGCUUGAGAUGGUGAAGCUCACAGAUUUCGGUUUUAGCAACAAAUUCUGUCCUGGGCAGAAACUGGAGACUUCUUGUGGAUCGCUUGCAUAUUCGGCACCGGAAAUUUUAUUGGGCGAUUCCUACGAUGCACCGAAAGUUGAUGUCUGGAGCCUGGGUGUAAUCCUGUACAUGCUGGUGUGCGGUCAUGCCCCAUUCCAGGAGGCCAAUGAUAGUGAGACACUUACCAUGAUCAUGGACUGCAAGUACACCGUCCCACCUUAUGUGUCAGAAGAGUGUCGCAGGAUGAUACAACGCAUGCUGAUUAGAGAUCCAGAUAAGCGAGCCACACUUGAAGAAAUGGCAUCAGAUCCAUGGCUAACUUCAGGUGACAGUCCUGAGCCAGCCGAGCUAUUACCAUUGGUCCACCGGGAACACCUUUCAGAGGAUGACCACUCCCAUAUUAUCCAAAAGAUGGUCAACGGAUGCAUUGCCAGCAAAGAAGAAAUCCUUGAGGCACUGGACCGCAACGACUAUAAUCACAUCACUGCAACAUACUUCCUGUUGGCGGAACGAAAGUUGAGAGCUCAGAGACAGGAGAAAGCACUUCAACUCAACCGAACCUCAAGGGCCGAUUUGUCGCCUGUCGCCGUCACUCCAGGGGUCUCUUCUGCAAGCCAGUCUCCUGCCAAGGAACGAGUGAGCAUUGCUCCAUCACUAGUGUCACCUAGUAUGACGCCCUCUAUUUCUCUUGAUGGAGCUGCCCAGGAAUACAGCUCACUUCUUAGUACUCCAGCAAGUACCUCCUCCACAGUUGAUAACUCUUCUCUUAUGGUUCCACGCUCGAGUCUACCCUUGGGUCGCAAGUGUAGCAUUGUACGUGAAGAAGAUGACCUUUCAGCCCUUGUUCCCACAACCCAUUCAACCCCUUUUGAUGAAGAGGCAGAAGGUGCUGAAGAAUCUGCCAACAGCAGUCGUGCUGUGCAGCCAUCACUUUCGCUUCCAGUCACUGCAGCCAACAGCCAUCUACCUGCUGCUGGAGAUAACCAGUCACACAGGCAGUCACCCACACCGCGGUUGCGAUGUGCACCAGGCAGACGGCUUCACGCGGUCAAGAGUUCGCCUCAGUUGUUGGGGGGUCUAACAGAGGGGCGUAAGCUUUCAGGAAAGCUGCGUUCCCACGGAGGAUGCCGCAGUCGUAAUGCUAGCUGCAGUAGUUCAGAUGAAGAUGAAGACAAACGCCGCACAUAUCACCAUGUGACAGCACACGGAGAAGGUGUGUCACAGGGACCAUCUGGUCCAGGUUCCCCAGGAGGUGGCACCGCCUCUCCAAGGAGCACAGUUGCCGAAGAAGGCUACCCAGCUGAUAGCACAGACAGCCUGGACUUGUUAUCUGAACCGCAGGCUCGACUUACUAAUUCAGUUUCUUGUGGUGAUCUUACCAUGGAAGGAGGUGUGUCAAAAGAUACCUCGAAAGGCCACACAUCAGCUUUACAGUGUGUAGACAUAGUGUUGGUUGAAAACAAAGGGGACGAAUCUGUUGAUACAACACCCAGGAUCAGCAAUAGCUUUAGCCUUGCUGCUGGGCUUAGUUGUCUUAACCAGAAAUCUAGAAGAGAUGGGGGUAGUAAAGGGAGGCUCGGCUGCAGUCUUGUACGACUUGUUCCAAAUGGGACCAAGACUAGUGGAGGGGCAACAAAAUCCCAGUUAGAUAUUAACCAGAAUGGCUGGAGGGGAAAAGGGCGCAGUAAAAAUUCUGCUAGGGAUGUUAAGAUGGCAUCCAAGUGCUGCACCUUGUGCUGAUCCUGUUUCUUUUUGUGUGUAUGUAUGUGUGUGUGUGUGUGCGCGUGUCACAUGGAACAAUACUCAACAUUAGUGCAUAAAAUGCUGCAAAGCAGUCCCACACAUUAGUAACAUUCCUUGAGGAGGAGGGACUGUCAGCUUAAACUUAAGGGACAUUUUAGGGCUGGGCUAGACUACAUUGCGAGAAGGCAUCAAGGUUUUAGCUUUCAUUCCUCUGGGAGAAAUUAACCUCUAUGGAGACUUGGGAUCUUCCAUGUAAAUACAUGACAGAGGACGGGGUGAGCUUUUAAAUAGGCUUUGCAUUAUUGUCUAAUGUGAGGCUAGUGCUGUUGUCAUCGUUUUGUUGACGCUGCAUUUACAUAAUGUGUUGCAAGAAUUUCAGCCAGCCUUUGUUGUUAGCAAGUCAAGUGUAUUUAGCUAUGUUUCUAUAGUGAAAUACUAAGAGGACAAGGUUAUCAUGUAUCACAGUCACUUGUUGUUUACUUAUGGUGUACAUAAAGUUUGUCCCAAUUGUUCUUACCUUCACCUUGUAGUUUUUAGGAGCUAGUGCAAUGGUGUCUUAGCAAAGGUAUCAAGUGGAAAAACUCUAAUCACUGUACAGUACUAUUUAUUUUUUACAUUGCUUUUCCAUGUCCAUUCUGUAGAUGUGUACAGGAGUGUACCACGAAAGAAAAAAAAAAAAGAAGCUGACCUUAGCAAUAACUGUGGAGAUCUGUGGAGAUGAGAAAAAUAUUGUUAUUAAAAGAAGCUCUGGAAAACUU